AUGUUAAAACAUGGACUGAUCAACUGUUACGCCAACUACUUCAAGGAAGGCUCUGUGAUCGCCAACGUAUCCCUCGUUUUUAGCACCGCCCAACUCUCAUUCAAUGUAGAUACAGACAACGCAGAUCAGAUUUCCCAGGCCGUCAUCUCUGCUAUCAACUCCACUCUGAUGACCGGCGAAUUCAACACAACUCUACAUUUUGAUCCUGUCAAGAGCCCGUUUCACACUUCAGGUAUUGACUCUUUAAAAAAGCUUCACUCUUAG